AUGAAGCCACCCCAAUUCGAGGGUGGUGGUCCAAUGGUUCUGGUACGAAACACUUUCCUGGACAUCGAGGACCCGCCCGACCCCGCAGGCGAGAUCGUGCGGUCGAAGACGGCUCCGCCGGGGAGCGGCGGUGCCUGGGCAGAGGACCUUGACUCCGAGGAGGAAGAGGAGGAAGAAGAGCAGGAGGCCAGCCCCUACGGCGAAGUCGCAGGCGCCUCACCGAUCUCGCCGGGCUCAGAUGACCUCAUCGAUGAGAAAGACGAUCAAAUCUGUAGAACGGUUACCCACGAAUGGCUUGAGGAGCCUGUUCAGUGGGGCUGGGUCGGUGAAGACGCAGGGCACCUCGUCCGCGACCAGGCCGGCUCCGCUCCAAGUGCUGCGCCCGCGUCUGGUGGCCCGGUGUCGGCGCCGAAUCCGGUGCCUUACCAGCCGGUGCAGGCAGCGGAGCCACAGCCGAUGCCACAGAUGCCCCAGCCGCAGAUGCCGCAAAUGCCGCAGGGUCAGCAGAUGCCACAGCAGAUGCCCCAGCAGCCGAUGCCACAGCAGCAGAUGCAGCCUCAGCAGAUGCCGCAGCAGCAGAUGCCAAUGCAGACGAUGGUUUUCAUGCCUGUCGCAAUGGCACCAGCACCCGCACCAACGGCACCAAUGAAUGGCGGUGGAGGUGCGGGACCCAGUGGGCCCGUUGCCCCCGGAGGGGGCUACGGGGCCCCACUGCCCGAGCUGCCCGUCCGCCAGCCCGAUCGGGGGGCGAGGUGGCCGGUAGCCGGGGUUGGACCCCUUCCUGUGGGCCCAAUGCCGCAGAACGCGCAAAACAGCGUCAUCGUCACCGACGGAUCGUCGGCGCCCAACUCGGCGAUGGCGGUGUCCAGCUCAGGCCGCGACUCCACGGCGCCACCCCAGCCGCAGACUCUCACCAGGGCCUUCA